AAAAAUGAAAAACCUCCCCAUUUCCAUUUCAUAAACAAUCCCUCUGCAAGUCCCACCCAGCGUCGUCCGAGCGAACCCAGAGGCAGCAUGCUGCGCAGCGCCGCUAUACGCGUCAUCUCCCGAUCAAGCGUGUGUUCCUCUGAGCUUGCUAGUAAAGAGGGAUUGCUUGGACCAACAGGAAUUGAUGGUCUUUUCAGAAGGAAUCAAAUUAAUACUUGUCUAGUGAACUAUCAGUCCCUGUUUCAUCUCACAAAGACCAACACAGCAGAACCUGCCAUGUCUUCCUUUGCUAGAGCCUUUGCAUCCCAGACAUCAAAAAGAAAAGAUUCUUCCAAGCGUGAAAGAGAAAUCUCUACGGUUGAGAAUCCUUUUGAUGCUCCAACAUAUAAUAUCCCACAGAAACCGGUGACAUUUACUGAGGGAGCUUCAUACAGUCUUGUCAUUCUUGCAGGUCUUGGAAUAGCUGCUGCUGCAGCCUAUGGUGUUUUCUCGGAGCUUAUAUUUUCCCCAAAAGAGUACAAGGUCUUUGGAAUGGCUUUGAAAAGGGUUCAGAAUGACAGUCAGGUUAGUGUCAGAAUUGGCUCUCCUGUUACUGGUUAUGGUCAGGACUCCAGGAAUCGUGCCGCUCGUCAACGAAUUCCUCAUAGAAUUUGGACUGAUGAAGAUGGUGUUGAGCAUGUUGAGGUUAAUUUCUUUGUGCGUGGACCGCAUGGAUAAAUGUUUAAAGACAAAGAAGAAAAGCAAUGGAAGUUUACAUAUAUGAUUGUCGAGAUAGAUUCACCUUCUAAGGCACAGCUUAUGCUUGAGUCUUACAUUCCGGGAGUUGCUACCUGAAAUAUUCUCUGAAAAAUAAAAUUAGACGUCACAUGCCAUGGCUGGUCUUGUUGAUCAAUCCACAUUGUCUUGUUUACAAAAUAGCCUCCAUGGUUAUUUUAUGGACACUUUUGAUAGAGCCAUCAUAGGUGUUUGCAAUUUACUUGCAGCUUGUAUUCUUGAUUUAAGUUUUAGAACGUUCAUCAGAAAUCAAUCAAGUUUCAAGUUUGAGCUCUAUUAAAUUUA